GGGCAUAGACUUUUGGAUUUAGAACGUUGUAAGGGUUGAUUUCAAAAUGUUGCGUAGAACUUUCAGACAAUUUUUGGGCUACAUCCCCAUUAACCCAGACACCUCGCCCAUGGUGGCCUACAGCCAAUACCACUGGCAUUACAACCUCCCACAGGGGAUGGAACGUCCGCAUAGCGUCAAUCGGACCCUUCCCGCACCUUUUCAAAGCAUGCACAGCUCGGUAAAUAAAUAUCGUGGGGUGUGGGUUCCAAACGAGAUGGAUCUUUCUUUUCUCGUCGCCUUGGAGCCUCAGCUAAAAAAGCUUCCUCACGGUCGAUGCGUCCCACGAACUCCGGUGGAAGAGGUGGUGUCGGAAUUCACCAAACUUACCCCACUUAUUGAGGACCAGGAGGCAAAAGACGCAUGGCUUGCUAAGAUAUUCCAGCAUUGCGGCUUUCAACGAAAAGGAGAUCCGGCAAUGGAAUUGUGGGAGCUAUAUUGUAGGCCGCGGUUUAUGGAUGGAACGGAAAAGCCAUCUCUUCCAUUAAUCAGCGCAAUUCUCUUUGCUUGUAGUAAGUCCAACCACGUCGGGUGGAAGGCGAUCUUCGAGAAAUGUCUAAAGCAUGGGUGGAACUACACUCCACACUUUGAUACACCUCAAUGGAGUUCCCUGCUGAAAAGCGUAGGAAGACAAGGUGAUGAAGAAGGUGUCCAACUGAUUUUGGAAGAAAUGUUGGAUGUACAGGCGGAUUUGGAUCGAAUAACCGCUCGAUCAAUAGUUAUAGCACUUAAUGCUGUGAAAGAUGCGGCUAUUUAUAACUUCGUCAAAAAAUACCUUUUCCAUUUUGGAGAGCGAAAGGUGAAGUUUCUGCGCAUAACAUACUCUGAUUUGCGCGGGCAUGGUGCCACCAAACUUCGAGUUCCUCUAGUGGAAAACGAUGCGAUGUAUUACCAUGUGUGCUGGCAUGCUAGCAUUCGUUUACCAAGGCAGUUUUCACCCCGGCAGCUAUACUUUGAUUAUACACCAUCCGCUUUUUCUACGAACAUGCACAGCCCUAACGCCAAGAUUGACGAUAUUGUGAAGGACAAGAUUGAAAAGUGGAAACUAGAGGGACUCCUUCCAGAGGAUUAUGUACAUGAAGAUCGCGUGUACGAUCGCACCACCGCAUUCAAGAAUAUUUCAAGAAUAGAAAGGUGGAAAAAGGGCCCACGCCUAGCCAAAAGCAAGCGUUUAGGCUACACUGGUGACUAAAAUAUGCAAGAGUUCUUUAAGAAAUUGGUAUAUCAAAACUGUAAAUUAGCCCUCUUUGAUAUCACCUAUGUGCGAAGAGUCUCUGUAAACAAAGCCAAGGCGUAUCUACGUAAAA